AAAAAUAACCAAUACUCAGUCAAGAUGACCAGUCUCUCUGCAAAGGACAAGGACAGAGUCAGAGCUUUCUGGGCUAAGAUAGCUCCGAAGACUGAGGACAUCGGGGCCGAAGCUCUGGCCAGGAUGCUGACGGUGUACCCGCAGACCAAGACUUACUUUGCUCACUGGAAGGACCAGAGCCCGACCUCUGCCUCUGCCAAGAAGCACGGAAUUACUGUGAUGAAUGGGAUUGGAGAUGCUGUGAGCAAAAUCGACGACCUGAAAGGAGGUCUUCUGACCCUCAGUGAGCUGCACGCCUUCACUCUGCGUGUGGACCCUGCCAACUUCAAGAUCAUCUCCCACUGCAUCCUUGUGGUCCUGGCCAUCAUGUAUCCCACCGACUUCACCCCUGAGGUCCAUGUGUCUCUGGACAAGUUCCUGGCUUGUCUGGCCCAGGCCCUGGCUGAGAAAUACCGAUAAACAGCAGGAGACGAUGACGGAGCAUGCAGCAUGAGCUCAGUCCGAACA